AAUUUUAUUUUUAUUUUAAAAAUGCCGUCCCAAGUUUUCAUGGGUAUUUCAAAAAUAAAUUUAUAUUUUUAUUAAAUUAGCCUUUGAGCUAAAACCAUCAUCCAAUUUCAUGUAAUUUGCAAUGAAUGAGAGAUAGAGAUAGAGAGAGAGAGAGAGAGAGAGAGAGAGAGAGAGAAGCAUAGAGUGUUUGAAGGUUGGAGGGAAGAAGAAAGAAGGUUGGAGCGUAAAAGCAAAGGUAUGAAAAACGCAUGCGAUGAUGUGUUGUGUGUGAGUGGGUUUGUUGUGUUUCGUUAAAAAAGAAAAGAAAAAACGGCGAUAUUAAUUUGAUCCAAUGCUCUCAACUCUCUCAUCGAAUCGCAUUGUUAUUAUCGAAAAUUCAUCUGAAAUCUCCAACUCCAUUUUUUCAUUUUCAUUUCCACUUUGUUUCUUGGAUCUCAUCGCCAUUCUUCUUGAUUUCUUACUCAAUACCCCUCUUUUCCCGCCCUUCUUUUUCGAGGAUUUUUGUUUGUCAGAACUGAGAAGCUCUUUCAACCUUCUAGGUUGCUCUCCAAUGGCGUCCUUCACGCUCCCAUGCUCCAAGGCUUCCGCUCUUCCCGGUUAUGGCUCGUCGAUUGCUCAGAAGAAUUCGCACCAGAACCGCAUUAAGCAGAAUCUUCCUCUUAAUCGCCGUGGAUUUUUACUGAAGGAUCCUUUUUCGUUCGGAUCUUCUCUUAUCGACUCCUCGUUUUCUGGGAUUGAGGUGUCAAACAAGAAGAGAUCUGCUGGUUUAGUUAUGAAUGCACUUAAUGAGGUGGUUGUUGGAAAAACGUCGAAUUCUGCACCUGCACUCGUCUCUAUGCCCGGGAACACGCCAUCCGGAGGAGAAAUGGACUCUGCAGUUGGAGUUCCAGAUCAAUAUUCUCUUCCAGAUGAGUCGUCAAUAUCGACCUUCAUGAGCCAAGUUUCAGAUCUUAUCAAACUUGUUGAUUCAAGAGACAUCAUGGAACUGGAACUGAAGCAAGGGGAUUGCGAAAUCAUAAUAAGAAAAAAAGAAGCUUUACAGCCAUUAGCAGCAGCACCAGCAGCUGCACCAAGUCCAUACAUGGCACUGCCACCACCUCAAGCGCAUAGCAUGGUUGCACCUCCGCCCACCCCUGCACGCGCAGCGGCCAGUUCUCCCUCUGCAGCACCAAAAGUGGGUAGUUCUCAUCCGCCUUUGAAGUGCCCGAUGGCCGGAACGUUUUAUCGAAGCCCUGCGCCGGGAGAACCUCCAUUUGUGAAGGUGGGAGAUAAAGUACCGAAAGGACAAAUCAUAUGCAUCAUUGAAGCCAUGAAGCUAAUGAAUGAGAUUGAGGCUGAUAAAUCUGGAACCAUAGUUGAAAUAUUGGCUGAAGAUGGCAAACCAGUUAGCGUAGACACGCCACUUCUUGUGAUCGCACCUUAAUGACCUUCAAGAGAACAGAACAACCUUUGCGUCUCCUCUUUUUUAUAAAUAUUUUAGGUUCCAAGUUUUAAAUUUUACAAACCUCUGGAAGAUGUUUACUUGAUGAUGUAUCAUACUCGAUCAGUCAGAUGUCAUUUCGACUUUAUGCAUAUUGUAAUUUCCUA